AUGGCAGCAAUAAUCCAAAAAACACAAGUUUAUGUGGUGGCAAUAUCUCUACUCAUCCAAAUAGCUCUCUCACAAGUGGGAAACAUUGCUUCAUCAGAUGUUGAUCUUAAGUGGUCUACUCUUCAAUCACUAGUGAGGAUCACAAAUCGCCUCGGUGAUGGUUCGACGUUAAACCUCCAUUGUAAGUCCAAAGACGACAAUCUCGGCCUCCAAAUCGUAGCUCCGAAUGGCUCGUGGUCGUUCAAGUUUAGACCAAAUAUUUGGGGAUCGACAGUGUUUUCUUGUCAUUUCACAUGGCCUCGAGGACAUUCAACACAUUUUGAUAUAUACGAUGAUAGCAGAGAUGGUGUUCGUAAAGGUAUACCAUGUAUCUACUGUUUCUGGGAUAUAAGCAAAGAUGGGCCAUGCAGGUUCAACGAUGCAACUGAAGCCUUUGAUAUAUGUUAUUAUUGGAACGGGGAACGAAAGGAAUAA